AUGAUGAAAAUUGCGUUGGCUCAACUCCGAUCGACCAAUAAUCAAGCCUUUAAUUUUUCAGUGUGCGAGAAAUUGAUCAGAGAGGCUUCUCAGUACCAUCAGGCUUCUUUGAUUUGUUUUCCUGAAUGUUUUGCAUUUAUGGGAAAUAAUGCAUAUGAAACUCUUGCUCAUGCUAGUUCAUUAGAUUCGGAACUAUUUAAAAAUUAUAAAAAUUUGGCAAGAAAAUAUGACAUUAAUAUUAGUUAUGGUGGUUGGCAUGAGACUUCUCCACUCAAUCAAAACAAAAUCUUUAAUUCUCAUGUGUUGGUGAAUACUCAGGGAGAAAUUGUUAAUGUUUAUAGAAAAGUUCAUCUUUUUGACUUGAAUACUGAGAAGGUGAAAUUGAAAGAAUCUGAAAUUACUGAGUCUGGACAAGAAUUAUUGGUGGAUGACAAUGGGUCCUUAUUUUCUAAAGAUUUAAUAGUUGGGCUGAGUAUUUGCUACGACUUGCGAUUUCCAGAGUUGUUUAUUUUGCAAAGAAAAUUGAGAGAUGUUAAAAUUAUGUUGAUACCUGCCGCUUUUACCAAAUAUACAGGAGAGCUGGGUCAUUGGAAGAUUUUACUUCAGGCGAGAGCAAUUGAAAAUCAAUGCUUUGUAGUUGCCGCUGCUCAGGUGGGAAAACAUAACUCUAGAAGAGAGUCUUAUGGACAUUCGUUGAUUAUUGACCCAUUAGGCAACAUAUUGUUAGAUUUGGGCCAACAAGAAACAGCGUUUGACUUGGAAAAGCAAGAGAGCCAACCUUUUGAGGGAGUUUUGGGAGUAGUUGACAUGUCAACAUGGCCUUCUCAGUUAUGUACAGUAAGAGAGGGAAUGCCUGUGUUUGAACAUAAGCGAAAUGACUUGUAUCAUCUUGAUGUCACAAAAAAGCAGUAG